AUGCAACAUAUAUCAAGGCGCAGCUAUUAUGCAUCUGUACUUCCCUCAUUGAUAUCGCCAGCAUCGCCGGAAUUCACGCGGAAGAAGGAGAGCAUGGACACCCUUGUGAGAGAUUUAGAAGUAAAGUUCCAGGAAGUACACGGUGGCGGCGGACAGAAAGCGCUUGAUCGGAUGCGAGCGAAGGGCAAGCUCAUACCCCGCGAAAGGCUGGCAGCACUUCUCGACCCAUCUUCACCGUUCCUUGAGCUGUCGCCCCUUGCUGCACACGAAGUUUAUACGAAGGGCAACGGAACCUGGGACAACAUACCAGGGGCAGGUAUCAUAACGGGGAUAGGCCGUAUUGCUGGUCGGGAAUGCAUGAUUGUGGUCAACGAUGCUAGUGUGAAGGGAGGCAGCUAUUAUCCAUUGACAGUUAGAAAGCAUUUACGUGCUCAGGAGAUUGCACGAGAACAUGGAUUGCCAUGUGUAUACGUAGUCGAAUCUGGAGGCGCCGCCCUGCCUCACCAGGCAAACGUCUUUCCGGACAAGGAACACUUCGGUCGAAUAUUCUAUAAUAUGGCACAGAUGUCUGCGCUGGGAAUACCUCAGAUAGCGAUCGUACAUGGAAUCAGCGUUGCUGGUGGAGCAUAUGUCCCCGCCAUGGCGGAUGAGACAAUUAUUGUGCAGAACCAAGGACAUAUCUUUCUUGCAGGCCCGCCAUUGGUCAAAGCUGCCACUGGCGAAGUAGUGGACGAAGAGACUCUUGGAGGUGGCCUCAUGCAUGCUUCUGAGUCUGGCGUCGUCGAUCACCUUGCGAGGGAUGACGAACAUGCAAUAGCUAUUGCCAGGGGAAUCGUGGGCGAUCUAGGGCCUGCGCCCCCUGAAGCAACGGUAUGCUGCGACCCGGAUGCGCCUCCGGAGCCACCCUUGUACUCGCCUGACGAACUGCAUGGCAUUGUGGGUACGGAUGUCAGACACCCAUUCGACAUGCGAGAUGUCAUCGCCCGCAUUGUAGACGGAAGUCGCUUCCGAGAAUUUAAGAAAGAGUACGGAUCUACCAUCGUCACUGGUUUCGCUCACAUACACGGGUAUCAAUGCGGAAUCAUCGCCAACAACGGCAUCCUGUUCUCUCCGAGUGCACUCAAGGCGGCGCAUUUCAUUCAGAUGUGCUCACAACGUGGAGUCCCUCUCGUGUUUUUGGUCAACGUGACCGGCUAUAUGGUCGGUUCCAAAGCAGAGAAAGGUGGGAUCGCAAAGGACGGUGCGAAGAUGGUUCGGGCGGUCGCGUGCGCUGACGUCCCCAAGCUCACCGUCAUCGUCGGCGGGAGCUUUGGCGCGGGUAACUACGGCAUGUGUGGGAGAGCCUAUUCUCCAAGAUUCCUGUGGAUGUGGCCGAAUGCGAAGGUAUCGGUCAUGGGAUCCGGGCAGCUGUCCCAAGUGAUGACCUCCGUCUCCAAGGAUCCCGCACAGCAUGCCUCGCUCAAAUCCGAGAUCGAGGCCCAGUCGACGGCGUACUACGCAUCUGCGAGACUGUGGGAUGACGGGAUCAUCAAGCCGACGGACACCCGCGACGUCCUCGGAUUAGGCCUCGCGUUGUCGAAAGCGAAGAGGAACAAUGAGAAGCGAGCGGGGACCAAUAGCAUUAGCACAACCUGGGACGGACAGGGCGGAGGAUUCGGUGUAUUCCGGAUGUAA